AUAAGCAACGGACCCUGGGCCUGGACGUUCAGUUCUUCUCUCCCAGCUCGAUAUGCUGUCUCUGCUCCUCCAUACGAAAAGGAAACCGAAACCAGGAGGACGAGAAGAGUGAUGCUGCGCCCUACUUUGAUACUGCAUCAAUACGCGAAUUGAAUCUCCUCUCACUUUGAGGAAUUUGAAAUUUUGUUUUCACUUUAUCAGAGCCGAAGCUCCAACAGAACCAGUUCCAAGGAUAUGCAUAGACCUGUGUGGAAGUUACGGUCAAUUACGGAUUCAUUUGCUAAAUCAAAAUCGAAGUCACAGCAUGUAUGGGGACUAGGAAAUGUCGCAGAUAAAGUGGGCGUGUCUCGAUUUGUUUCAACCUCAACUGGUGUUUGUUAUUUUAGAGGGUAUCGAGGAGAUCUGACAAAGACUGCGCAGAUGCAGAUUGUUAGUGCACUUCGCUUAGGUGAGAGAAGUAGAGCAUCCAGCUUGCUUUUAGAUCUUGGCCAUGGUAACCAUGCACUAAGAGCUGAUGAUUUUGUUGAUAUACUUAGCUACUGUGCGAGCUCACCUGAUCCUUUGUUUGUCAUGGAGACUUGGCAAAUAAUGAAGGAGAAAAAUAUCAGCCUGAAUAGCUUAUGCUACAUGCAUAUGAUGGAGGCUUUAUGUAAAGGGGGUUACUUGGAUGAGGCAUUUAAUUUGAUCAACAUUCUCGGAGAAAGUCACAGCAUCUGUGGUAUUCUGCCUGUGUAUAAUAGUUUCUUACGAGCUUGUGCGAAAAUGCGAAGUAUUAUUCAUGCCAACCAAUGUCUACAUGUGAUGGAGCAGCGAAUGGUGGGGAAGAAUGAAAGUACUUAUCCAGAGCUUGUCGAGCUUGCAGUUUGGCAGCAAGACUUGUCUACUGUCCAUGAAAUUUGGAGGGACUAUAUCAAGCAUUACAGUCCGGGAAUUUUGUGUCUUCAAAAGUUUAUUUGGUCCUUCUCAAGGUUGAGAGAUUUAAAAUCUGCAUAUGAAACAUUGCAACAUAUGGUUGUAUUGGCCAUUAGGGGGAACCAUUUUGUGGAAAGGACUGUUGAAGGAAGGUUUUAUUCUUCAAGAUUGGAUAUUCCAAUACCUUCAAGUGGUGAAUUAAGCUCAGAGAAAUUCAACUUGGAGAACACUGAGUUGGAGGAUUAUGCUAGCGAGGUAAAUCACUGCUCCUCCUUAAAAAGUGCAGUUGAGACUGUUGGCAUGGGUGUGCUGAGCAAUCAUAUGAGCUGGCCCGCCAAAAGCCUUGUGAGACGGUCUUUCAAUGAUGUGAUACAUGCAUGUGCAAAAACAAAAGAAUGUGGACUGGCAGAGCAGUUAAUGCUGCAGAUGCAAAGUCUUGGGUUGCAACCAUCAAUCAAUACAUAUGAUGGAUUUGUUAAAACUGUUGUUAGUGAGAAAGGAACCCGUGAUGGCAUGAAACUGUUGAAACUUAUGCAACAAAGGAACUUGAAGCCAUAUGAUUCAACUUUUGCAACACUUGCAAUUGGAUUCAGCAGAGAUUUAGAACUGGAUUUAGCUGAGGCUUUACUGGAUCAAAUAUCUAGAAAUCGACAUCUACAUCCUUACAAUGCUUUUCUUGCAGCCUGUGACAUGACAGAUCAACCUGAACGUGCAGUUCCUAUACUAGCGAAAAUGAAACGCCUAAAAGUCCGGCCAGAUAUCAGGACUUAUGAACUUCUUUUUUCAUUGUUUGGUAAUGUGAAUGCUCCAUAUGAAGAGGGCAAUAUACUGUCUCAGGUGGAUUCUUCUAAAAGGAUAAAUGCUAUAGAAAUGCAUAUGGCCAAAAAUGGUAUUCAACACAGUCAAUUGUCAAUGAAGAACUUGCUGAAAGCACUUGGAACAGAAGGGAUGAUAAGAGAGCUGAUCCAGUAUCUACGUGUAGCAGAGAACCUCUUUCGUCAUAAUGGCACUUGUUUGGGGACACCUAUUUAUAACGUAGUGUUGCAUUCACUUGUUAAAGCUGAGGAAAGUCACAGGGCAAUAGAAAUAUUCAAAAACAUGAAAUUGUGUGGAUUCCAGCCUAAUGCUGCAACUUAUAGUAUAAUGAUCGAAUGCUGUAGUGUUAUAAGGUGUUUUAAAUCUGCUUGUGCACUAGUUUCCUUGAUGUUGCGUGAUGGAUAUUAUCCAGAGACUUUGGUGUACACUUCUCUCAUAAAGAUACUGUUGAAAGAUGGAGAUUUUGAUGGAGCUUUGAAUCUCUUAGAUCAAGCCAAUUUAGAAGAUAUUCAACUCGACAUACUUUUAUACAAUACCAUUCUUUAUAAAGCUCAUGAAGAGGCAACUAUGCAUGGCUUUGGUAUGAUUAUUAUUUCUAUAUUAGCUCAGGAGAAGAUCCAGCCUGAUCCAUCAACAUGCCAUUAUGUGUUCUCUGCAUAUGUGGACGCCGGAUUUCAUGGCACAGCAAUGGAAGCUUUGCAGGUUCUGAGCAUGCGGAUGAUAUCUGAAGACGAUCAUCAAGAUAUGCGGACAAAAUUUGAGGAGGAAUUCAUUCUUGACGAAGGCUUGGAAGCUGAGUCGCGGAUAAUCCAGUUAUUCAAAGAUUCAGAUGAGUAUCUGGCUGUUGCCCUGUUAAAUCUUAGAUGGUGUGCUAUUUUAGGUUUCCCAAUUCAUUGGUCACCUAAUCAAAGUUUAUGGGUCAGAAAACUCGCAACUAGUUAUGAUGCGAGAACCAGCUACGCCAACUAGAUUAAGCAGACUUCUCCUUCAGUGGACUCGGUAAGCUGCAUAUGUUUUGUUGUAUCUUAAUGGCUAGGCGAUUUUGUUAGAAUACUAGCGGAGCUUGUUUAGGCUGAAAUGAAAUGUUAGUUGAACAUACUAGACAUAGAUUCAGCAUAUGGUGAUAGAGAGUUGUCUUGCUGAUAUUGGACAUGUUUAGCUUAGAAUUUAAAUCACAGCUAAAUUAUGUUCAAGCUUUUGUGAAUAACUGGAAGAAAGAAAGCUUACCAAGUGCACUUGGAUGUAGGAGAAGCCUGCUUAAUCUAGUUGGUGUUGCUAGUUCUUGCAUCAUUAUGACUCCAUUUGGGAGUGGUUUGUAUUUUGACCAACCGAGGUAAGGUAAAAACAUGUGGUACAUGACUCCAUUUGCAUUGUCAUCGUUAAUCGCAAUAAAGACAGAUUCAUCAUUAUAUGCCAUAAAA